AUGGAAUCAAGUACUUCUCUACAAGAUAGAAAUUAUACAUCAGUGGUCAUGUUUGUUUUCCUGGGAAUCACAGAUGAAAAAGAGUUGCAGGUCAUCCUCUUUCCAAUCUUCCUAGGAAUUUAUCUUGUGACCUUAUUUUGGAACCUGAGUCUUAUCAUAAUUAUCAGGAUGGAUUCUCAACUCCAUACACCCAUGUACCUUUUUCUCAGUGUCCUGUCAUCUAUAGAUGUGUGUUAUUCUUCUUCCAUAAGUCCAAAGAUGCUUUCAGAUUUCUUCAAGAAUGAAAAAACAAUUUCCUUUAUUGACUGUGCUACCCAAUAUUUUGCUGCAUCUUGGAUGGGUCAGACUGAAUGUUGCCUCUUGGCUGCUAUGGCCUAUGACAGAUACAUGGCUAUUGGGAACCCUUUGCAGUACUCAGCCAUCAUGACACCUGGACUCUGUCAGAAGUUGGCGACUGGGGCCCUUGGAACUGGUUUUAUCUGUAGCUUGAUUGAAACAAUUCCUGCCUUUCAGAUGUACUAUUGUGGACCAAAUGUCAUCCAACAUUUCUUCUGUAACAUAUCUGAGAUUAUUGUCUUAUCUUGCUCUAGCACCUUCCUUACCCAAAUGCUUCUUUUUUUGGCAAUUUUGUUCGUUGGGUUUGGUUCUUUUCUUGUCAUCCUGCUAUCCUAUGGUUUCAUCACAGUGUCCAUUCUGAAAAUGUCCUCCCUCAAAGGUAGUCUCAAGGCUUUCAAUACCUGUGCCUCUCAUCUGACAGUUGUAAUAUUCUAUUAUGUCCCAGUCUUCUUUGUUUACAUGCAUCCUCAUUCUACACACUCUGAAAAGCAGGACAAGAUGCUGUCAAUAUUCUAUAUUAUCAUGACCCCCAUGUUAAACCCUCUUAUCUACAGUCUAAGGAACAAGGAGAUAAAAGAGGCACUUAAGAGGGUAUUAAAGAGAACUACACAUUUUCCUCAGUGA